GACAGUUGUGUUGCAUACACAUAACAGACUAAAAUAUAUAUGUAUUAUUAGGUCCAUACCUGAUAAUAAUAAUAAUUAUUAGGUCUAUGUUGUGUUGUGUGCCUAAGUCCCUAAUCUUAUUUCACCCAAAGAUAUUACAUUUUUGAAUUCACCCAACUCUCCUUGGACAUAAAAAAUUAUGGAUUCCCUUAGAAUGUCGAGUAGCAUGUCAGAACAGUCAGAAGAACUACUCAAUACAUCCAGAUUGGGCAAUUGCGAUGUAUGCAACACAUCUAGAGCCAAGUAUGUAUGCCCCCGUUGCGAAUGCAAAACUUGCUGUCUAGAAUGUAACAAAAUCCAUAAAGAAGAAUUGGAAUGCACAGGAGAAAGAGAUAAGACGAAAUACGUGCCUCUGAAGAAUGAAAACAGAAACACAAAUCUGGUUCUGUUAAGUGACUAUCGGUUAUUGGAAGAAGUCACCAGAAAAACAGAAAACUUCCACAAAGCUGCAAAGCCCUACUAUUAUAGAUCACGAAAUAAAUUGAAAAAAUUGGAACUUGCAGCGAUGGCUAGGAGUAUAAAAUUGAAAUUUUACCCACCUGUUUUUGAGCGAAAUAAAAAUAAUACGACUUCAUUCGACUUUAAGCAAAAUUUGAUAUAUUGGCAUAUGGAUUGUUUUUUUGUCAAUGCAGAAAACUUGAAAUUUUCCAGCGAGCAAGUAUCUGAAAUGGAAAAAUUGUCAUCUGUUAUUGAGAAACAUUUAUCAACAAAUGAUGAAGCGAUUUCGAAAAAAUUAUUGAUUUAUCAAGCAGCGGGGCAUUCUGGAAUUAAAAUUUUACUCAGAGCUGAAAAUAAAGCUGGAUCCAAAUUUUAUGAGGUGAAUCUUAGCGACACUUUGAGGGAAUGCCUUAAAAAUAAAACAAUCAUCGAGUAUCCAAUAUUUUAUGUUAUUUUAGCGGAUCAUAAAUAUGGAUUCGAUGUAAUUGAUUCAGAUAUUGAAGAAGGUGAUGAAAAAGUAGGAGAUGAGGUAAUAAAUGCCAUCAUUAAACAAGAGGAUGAUGAUUACUAUAAAAAUGAAAAUCUUCUUGGGCUACAAGAUGAGGAUACAGAUUGAUCACUCCUGAUAGUUUAAGGAGGAACCUGAACCUCAAAAGCUGACUGAGGAAUUGAACAAUUUUAUCAAACAUUCUGCCUUAAACGAGAGGAAAUUUUAACAAAGAGCCAUUUUUAGUUAUAUCAGGCUAUAAAAGCAGCAUUUGAAAGGAGUGAACAGCUGCUUGGCGUGAGGAAAACUGUUUGGUUUUGAAUAAAAAAAAGACAGACUGAGAGGAAUAACAUUUUCCAAGAAAUCUCACUAUCCACUAUCUCACCUGGCCAGCCCAGCACUGCUGACAAAUGAAUAUAUGUGAUUAUAGUUAUAUCUUUCUAAACUCAACAGAUCACCCCAAAAGAAACAAUUAUUUUUCGAAAUAAAAAAAAAUUGAAAUCGA